CCCAAAGGUUGGCUGUUAAAAUAUCUCUGGCGCUUUGAGCACAMAUCGGCAAUCGGCUUUCAAUAGGAACAAAGCAAAAACAUAAACGCCAACAUGUCUUCGCGUCCCAUUAGCGAUGAAGAAGCAGUCGCGAGGGCGGACAAAGAGAUGGAGGAACGGGCGAACAGGGCCAAGGAACUUCUUUCUCGACGAUUUGUAGGACUGAAACGGCAACAGGUAAGAAACAAGACCGUGACUUUGCGUUGYUGUUUUCCKUUCCCGAAUGCAAUAUUGUUCCGAACGUCGAUGACUCUUCACUCCUUGUGACUCACCAACGUGUUUCUCGUGUCCUUGUCAAUGAUCGCAUCGGUCGUCGCCGCAUCAUCUUGCAGGAGGCAAAGAAGGGACGCCAGGUUCAACUCGAACGCCAGAUGAUUGGCUUGACCGAAGACAAAAAACAACAACUCCGUCGUCAUUUGGAGCACGAGGAAAUGCUCAUUCAAAAGGAAUCACGGAAAAAGAUCACCACGGCUGAUUUCGAAUCCCUGGCAGUCAUCGGACGCGGUGCGUUUGGAGAGGUGCGGUUGGUUCGCAGCAAACCAAAGCGAGAAGAACCGGUUCAAAUCUAUGCGCUGAAAAGCAUGAAAAAAGAAAUGAUGAUUUUGAAAAACCAAGUAGGUCACGUUCGAGCGGAACGUGAGGCACUAGCGAAGGCCAGCUCUGACAACAGGUGGUUAACGUCCUUGUAUUCUUCCUUUGUAGACGACACACAYCUYUACAUGGUCAUGGAAUUCUUGCCCGGUGGAGAUCUUAUGAGCUUAUUGAUCAAAGAGGACACUUUUUCGGAAAGCGUUACUAAGUUUUUUAUGGCGGAAGCAGCAAACGCAAUCAGUAGUGUUCACGCCCUUGGAUACAUUCACCGCGACAUCAAACCAGACAACAUGUUGUUGGAUGCCCGCGGUCACUUGAAAUUGACAGAUUUGGGUUUGUGCAAAAAAGUAGGCGAAGUUAGUCCCCAUGACGAUCCGGAUGUCGUUUUGCAGAUGUUGAAAGAACAGGGAAUAUUGACCGGAGGAGAAAACAUGAACGAUGCUGAUGAAACCGGUCAAGGAAACGCGACCUCCGGGAGGCACCGCAGUCCUGGUGAUGCAAUGGCAAUGUCUAUCGACAACGGCAUCGAGGAAYGGAAUGGGACCGGUAGACCUACGAGUAUGCCGAAUGGAAAAACGCGACGAGAGGUACGUUCUUGGAUUGGGUAGAURUGAGGCCGUUUUCCAUGUUCUUAUGAACAGAUCGACAAAUGGAACAAAAAACUGACACAAUUUUUCUUCUAGAUGGCAUACUCGACGGUGGGAACUCCGGACUACAUUGCACCAGAGGUAUUAGCAGCACAAAACGGAGCUUCUGGGUAUUCUUAUACGACUGCGGUAGAUUGGUGGUCGUUGGGGGUUAUUAUGUUCGAAUGUCUCGUUGGCUACACACCAUUUUAUGCGGAGGAUCCUGUCCAAACCUGUCGCAAGAUCUUACGAUGGAGGCAAUGCUUGGAAUUACCUGCCGACACCGAAUCGAAGCUGAGCUCUGAGUGUAUUGAUUUUCUGACUUGUCUGUUGGCUGGUCCAGAAUCUCGGAUUGGUUCCAGCAAGAACGGCACCGAGUUUGAAAACGGUUUUAAACAGGUCGUUCAGCAUCCUUGGUUCAAGGGUUUCGAUUGGGAAGGUUUGGCGGACAGAGAAGGACCGCURCUGCCCAGUGGAUCUCGCGAAUUCCCCGAAUUGCUGGAAUACCUGAAAACUUGCCCUAAGGACGAUCCUCGUUUUCCGCAACUGGAAAGCAGAGUCACUCAAAAUUUUGACACCUUCGAAGAUUUUGGGUCAAAUUUGGAGCAAGGGGRUCGAACCCGGGUUCUUCGCAAUCAACUCGAUCAAUUUUAUGAUUAUAACUAUCGCAGAGUCCGYAAACCAAGAGUUCCGUUGCCUCCACUUUCCGAUUGAAAACGAAAUGACUACACAGCACUCCUACAUGAAUAGAAAAAACAUAAAACG